AUGUCUAAAAUACGCAGUCAGCAGGUGGUCGUUGUCGAAAUCGACGCAAAUACGAAGAUGGGACUCGAACAACAAUCCGAUCUGUUAGGAAAAUGGCAUUAUCCUGCGGAGUGCACGUCGAACAACGGUGACUGUGUGGUCGACUUACGUGAACAGACGGCCUCAUCAUCGCUUCUACGUUUAAGAGGAAUCAUCGACGCCAUCAGUUCACGUGGAACAGGAACAUUCCUCAGUCGGAUAUCCAAAAAUUGUGAGCUGUUCGGGACAUUGCUUCCGAAUAUGACCACCGUCCAGUUCUUUUCAGCACUAAGAUACUGUUCACAAGAAAAACCGAGGAGUACCUCCCCGAUGAUUUCUUCACAAAGUGCAUCUAAGACGUUGCUAAGGAAACCCUUCCAGUUCAAAUGCUGCGGAAAAAAUUUGUCUUUGUAUCUACGAAGUCAAGAUCCACGUACAAUUCUGUAUGUGUUCGCCAGCAGCACUGUUGACUUAAACCAGGAACCAACUUUGAAGCAAGUUGCAUCGUCAACUGCAACAAGACCCCUUUAA